AACCAAUAACAAAGCAACAUGUGUCUGCAAGACACAAACCAAAUCGCUACGACAGGCAACUAAGAAGGACGGCGUCGUGUUGGCACAUCUCUUUCUUCUUUAGAGGAGACGACUGCGUUUGCUCCAAAGCAGUUCCUGGAUUAAAGCAAAACGCCACCGUUUCUUCUGGGCUUGUGUUCUUCGUGUGCAGCUUCCAUCAGCAGUAGCAGACUCAGGACAAGUUCUUCAUUCAAGCUUCAGCUGCUACUGCUUCUGGUUCAUAUCUCCAUUAACCUACAAGGACGACGUGAACCUCAAACGAGGCGACAUCAUCGCUCCGUCCCUCAUCGAGGCGAUCGAGAGAUCCUCGUUGUACGUCGUCAUCUUCUCCCCCAACUACGCGACUUCUCGUUGGUGUCUCGACGAGCUCGUCAAGAUUUUGGAGUGCACGAAAAAGUACGGGCGGAAGAUGAUUCCGGUGUUUUACGGUGGAGUGACACCUUCUCAUGUUAGGAACCAAGAAGAGAGCUACGCGGAUGCAUUUGUUGAACACAAGGCCAAGUUUCCCAAUGACGAGGCCAAACUCGAAAACUGGAAAGCUGCGCUCAAGGAAGCCGCCGACACUUCUGGGUUUGAUUCCCAAGUCACCACGCCUGAGAGUCAUCUGGUCAAAGAAGUGACUAAACGUGUGCUAGAAGCACUUAGGCCAAAUUCUUCUCCUAUCACAGAAGGACUGGUCGGUAUCGAGUCGGAGAUUGAAGCAGUUGAUAAAUUACUGGAGACUGAUCCACAACGCAAUCGCGUAAUAGGGUUUUGGGGAAUGCCCGGAAUUGGCAAGACAACCCUAGCCAAUUCUAUCUUCCAAAAAACCGAUCCAGACGUAUUCGAAGGACGACAUUACAUCCCCGAUUUCGCAGUCCAGUUGAAGACCAAGACGGUGAAGGAUCUGCAAAACGAACUCUUCAAGGUGUUGCUACGGGACGAUAAUCCACAAGACAUUGCAUUUGGUCACAAGCUCAGUCGCCUCCGUCGUCUGAGGGCGUUCGUCGUCAUCGAUGAUGUGACGAGUGCAAGCAUGCAAGCCCUAGAAGAGCUGCUCGAUUGGAAGUUCUGCAAUCUGUUUGGACCGGGAAGUCGAAUGAUCCUGACGAGCACGAAUCAACAGGUGCUCAUUAAUGCUUGUCAAGAAGUGCACCAAGUCCCGGGCCUCGACGAGGAGAAAGCCCUUCAGCUUUUCAGCUUUUACGCCUUCAAGAAGGACCAACCUCCAGACGAGUACAAGGAGAGGUGUGAAAAAGUGGUAGCUUAUUGUGGUGGAAACCCACUGGCCUUGAGAGUUUUGGGCGUGGCGUUCUACAAGAAGAAACUAGAGCUUUGGGAUCUGACAUUGGAAAAGUUGAGGACACUUCACAAGAAGGACAUUCAGGAUUUGUUGAUGAUUAGCUACAACGAGUUGAGUCGAGACGAGCAGAGUGCGUUCCUCGACAUCGCUUGCUUCUUCAACCACGAUGACUAUGAUUUCGUGACGAGAGUGUUGGAUGAAGAUUUCGUCACCAAUUUGGUUGACAAGUCUCUUGUCGGGAUCAACUAUUCCAAAGGAAAGAUAGAAAUGCAUGUUUUGCUUGAAGAUUUAGGGCAGGAUAUCGUUGAGGCGGAAACGGAUCCUCGAAAACGAACUAGGUGGUGGGAAGCCAAAGAUACCCUAGAUUUGCUAGCAGAAAACAAGGGAACAGAAGCAACAGAAGGAAUCUGGUUGAGUUUGAAUGAAAACGAAGAGAAGAUAGAAACUGAAUCUUCUGAUACAUUUGCAAAGAUGUGGAAUCUGAGAGUGCUUUCCAUUCAAUUAGCACCAGAAAGCAAAGUAGUUUUCCCUAAUGGCGAAGGUCUCAUCAAUACUCUCCCGCGCAAGCUAACAUAUCUUCGUUGGGACUUGUUUGCUGCCACAUCUCUGCCCUCCAAAUUCUGCCCCGAUAAGCUUCGAGUGCUAAGGCUGAAACACAACACCAUCCGUCAGUUGUGGGAAGGAGCUAAGAUCGAUCUUGGGAAUCUGAGGGAGCUCAAUCUCACAGCAUCCAAAUACCUAACCAAGCUACCCGAUCUCUCAACAGCGAAAAAACUCGAGCUCAUCGAUCUUACCAGCUGCGAGACACUCAUCGAGCUUCACACAUCAAUCAUCUACCUCCCAAGCCUCAAAACCCUAAUUCUGAAUUCCUGCAAAGCUCUCAACCUUAGUAGCCUGGACGAGGAGGAGACAAACGGGACCUUAGCUUUCCCACGUUUGGAGCAAGUAAACCUGGACGCCACGCCAAUCGAAAAAGUCCCUCGAUUGCUCCUACGAGCACCAAACCUCACAAAAAUCGACUGCUCGAGCUGCCCAAACUUGUCGAAAUUCCCAUCCAUCGACGCUCUCGUCAGCAGUAGUAGUAGCAUGUCGAUCGAACAUUUGAUAUUUCGAAACAACAAGCUCCUCCUCGAUUUCCCGGUGAAGAUCCACAUGUUGAAUUCUCUCCAGACGCUCGACUUCUAUGGUUGCGAGAAUCUCGGUUCGUUCCCCGAGAUCGCGACCACCAUGGAAAAACUGCUCGUGCUCGAUCUGAGCUACUGUUCGAAGGUAUCGAGGAUUCCCAACACGAUCCGGAAUCUUGCGAACUUGGAGAGGCUUUGUCUGUCUGGCACCGGGAUCAAGGAGCUUCCUUCGUCCGUCUUGACGUUGAAGCGCUUGACCGUGUUGAAAUUCGACGAGUGCAAGAAGCUCGUGAAGAUCCCACGGAGCUUUAGGGAGCUGAGUCAUUUGGAAACGAUGGCGUUUACAGGUUGCGACGCGCUGAGCAAUGAGGAGCUGUUGCUUCCCGAUCGAGUCCAUGUUUUAUAAGAAAAUGAAUCGAGAGGCGUCCUUUUGCGACUGUAAAAAUUGGUUGCUAUCUCAACUUUUGGUUGUGUAUGUACAGUAUUUAGCUACUAAUUAAAUAUGUUUCUGUUAUUGGUUACUGGUCUUCGAACCUUCGACGUAUCUUGCAUGCAUGGAGAUAGAUAGUUCUCAACCUUCCAUCAAUCUACGUGUGAAAUCAGUGCAACUUGAUGUUGGAAGGCAAGUUCGAACCCUGCUCGAAAGUGAAGAUGGCGCCAAGAAGAAGAGUUUAGAUUUUGUUUAAGUGUCGUAGUUUUAGGAGUUUAAAAUUACGUUGUUUGGUUAUUUGCUUGCAAAAAGAAAAAGAACUGCCCUAUUUAGUGAUGAUAGUGGAGAAUGGAGAUGGAAAUGGUAGGGGUGGGCAUUGGUGCGGUUCGAACUGCACCGUACCGCUUUAAUAUAAACCGCACCGUACCGCUUUGAUUGGACCGUACCGCAUGUUGGACCGCAAUGUAAUCGGUGCGGUCAAACCAAACUGCAUAGGUUAGCGGAUUGGUACGGUUUAGCCCGCACCGCAUGUUUGACCGCAAUUCUUAAUGAAACAAAUAGAUAUUGUUUUUCCCUAUCCGAAUCUGUUGAACUGUACUAAUUACCAUUGACAGAGGCAAUGCUACUUUCUUGUAGAAAUGAGGCCCAACAAAUUAAACCAAUUUUGUAACAGAUAAAUCUAAAGAGAGCAUGCUUUCCUGGAGCAAUAUAAAGAGGUCCAUCUUCUUCUCAUAACAGAAAACAGAGCAUACAAAAAACAGAGCAUAAAAGAAAUUUGCAGAGAUGCACUAAAGUAAACACAUGACAGACAAGUCACUUGCCAAAAUCAUGGAAUGAUCUUACACUGACUUGAACCUGCAAAGGGAGGGAGAAGGAAUGAAGUUAAAAUUGCAAUCUCAUGUUGGUGGGUCGUCUUUUCUUGAUCACCAUUACACAGCUGAUAUGUUCAUUAUUCCAAGAGCAACUUCUACAACUGCUUCUUCCUUGUCAAUUCAUUAUAGUUUUAGCGAAAUAGUAAAUCAUUUCCUUCACAAUUCAAGUCCUUCUUUUGGUGUACUUCAUAUCCAUAAAAAGUUUGUUCUUGUUGCUCGUGGAUCUCAGCUUUGUUUCGGGUUAAUUGUGGAAGAAUUAUUGCAAAAGAAGUACAGAUGUUAAAGACAAAACUGGAUCGGUAUAUUGGAAUUUGCAGCUUUGUUAACUGAAGCUGCCAGAGAGGUAUGAUCAGCCUUGGCAGCAAAGUAGCUAGUUUUGGAAUGGUUCGGCUUGGUAAAGUUUUGAAUGACAUGAUUUCGUUGCGGUUUGCGGUUUGAACCGCAACCGCGCGGUUUCGGUUUGAACCUACCGCGAACCGCAUAAAAUAUAGACCGAAUACUUGACCGCAAGCUUAACGGAGCGAUCCGGUUUGACCGCAUAUGCGGUUCGGUGCGAUUUGGUGCGGUCUGACCGCACCGAUGCCCACCCCUAGGAAAUGGACUGGUCAAUCAACUUUAACAUCAAAUUGGCAAAUAGGGUCGUCUCUUUACCUGUUCACAAUUAUGUUAUUCUCCGUUAUAUGAGUAGAACCACUCCAUCAAAAGAAAUUUCCACUUUGGUUUAGUUUUGUUGAUUUCUUUCUGGACACGAAAUAUUAGGACAGAUCAGUUACCAUCACAAUUGUUGGAAAAUGUUUGACAAUAAAUACUAUAUCAAAGA